AUGGCAAGCACUACUCCAAAAAUCAAGCUAUGGUACAUCCCGGGAGCAUGCUCUCUCGCUCCACACAUCAUCCUCAAAGAGACUGGAUUGGACUUUGAGCUGGUCAAAAUGACAUUCAACACCCUCAACAAUGAAUACAAGGAGAUCAACCCCAAACUUCGCAUCCCAGCACUCGCAAUAAACGACGACAUCAUCACCGAAAACCCCGCGGUGAUGAUGGCAAUUUCAAACCUUGUCCCUGAAAAACAUCUCUUCGGCAAGACGCCACUAGAUACGGUUCGCGUCGUGGAGUGGGCAAACUAUAUAUCGGGCACGCUACACGGACAGGCAUUUGCGGGACUCUGGAGGCCACAGCGUUUCACGGCCGAUCCCGAAGAUCACCACAAGCUUCAGGCGAUGGGCAUGACGGCGAUUAAAGAAUCUUUCCGGUACAUCGAGGAUAAACUCAAUAGCGUCCAUGCUGUUGGUGACUCGUAUACGAUUGUGGAUGCAUAUCUUCUGAACAUGUACCGAUGGGGCCGGGCAGUCCACUUACCCAUGGAGUCGGACUACCCGAAGCUCACCGCUCUUGUUGCAGAGGUCUCGAAGCGCCCGGCCACUGUGGCUGCGACGGAAGCCGAGGGUCUCUCGCCAAUAUUCAGCUGA